AAAGUAGUCCUCGGCCGUUCUUGGUAUCGUAUCGUGAGAUGGGUGCUCCGCCCCACCCCCCACCCCCGGGCCGGGGACAGGACUCACCUUUUUGAUCCCAUAAGAGAAAGACCGUCUAUCUCAUCUGGUUCCGAACGCGAUAAGUCAACACAGAGCGACGAGCCGAUACGAGGAGGAGAGUUUGCGACGGGCGAUGGAGGGGAAAUAUAAGGAGUUGAGGACGGCGGUGGACGCGGUGGCGGCGGUGGACGCCCACGCCCACAACCUGGUUGACGUUGACUCCUCCUUCCCCUUCCUCCGAUGCUUCUCCGAGGCCGAAGGCGACGCCCUCUCUCUCGCUCCCCACACCCUCUCCUUCAAGAGGAGUUUGAGGGAUAUAGCUGCGUUAUACAAUUGCAGGGCUUCACUGGAUGAACUGGAAAGCCACCGAAAAUCCUCUGGAUUACUUUCUAUCACUGCAAAAUGCUUUGAAGCUGCCAAUGUAUCUGCUGUUCUUAUUGAUGAUGGAAUUCUGUUUGAUAAAAUGUGUGACUUGGAGUGGCAUAAGUCUUUUGCUCCUGCAGUUGGUAGAAUUUUGAGGAUUGAGCACUUGGCUGAAACAAUUCUUAAUGAUGAGGCUUACGAUACAUCAAGGUGGACCAUGGAUUUGUUCAUUGAAACUUUUCUAACAAGGAUGAAAUCAGUUGCUGAUAAAAUUGUUGCCAUGAAAACCAUUGCUGCUUAUAGAAGUGGUCUACAAAUAGAUACAGAGGUCAGCAAAGCAGAUGCUGAGAAGGGUCUUCUCGCAGACUUAAAUGCUGGUAGACCUGUCCGUAUCAAGAAUAAGAGCUUCAUUGACUUUUUGUUUAUAUGUAGCUUGGAAGUUGCUACGUCAUUUGAUUUGCCUAUGCAAGUCCACACAGGCUUUGGAGACAAGGAUCUGGAUCUAAGGCAAUCCAACCCCCUGCAUCUGAGAAAGGUUCUCGAGGACAAGAGAUUUUCCAAAUCUCAGAUUGUUCUGCUGCAUGCAUCUUAUCCAUUUUCGAAAGAAGCAUCUUAUCUUGCUUCAGUUUAUUCCCAGAUCUAUCUUGACUUUGGAUUGGCAGUGCCAAAACUUAGUGUCCAAGGGAUGAUUGCUUCCCUCAAAGAACUCCUCGAACUAGCACCUAUUAAAAAGGUGAUGUUCAGUUCUGAUGGCUAUGCCUUCCCUGAGACUUUCUUUUUAGGUGCCAAGCGGGCACGUGAAGUAGUUUUCAGUGUUUUGUCAACUGCAUGUGAUGAUGGUGAUCUUACUCUUCCUGAGGCUUUAGAAGCAGCUGAGGAUAUCUUUAGAAGGAACUCAUUGCAGCUUUACAAACUGCAUGGUGUUGUCCAAAGCUCAAUAUCUCUCAACAAGACUUCUAUGGUUACUUCACACCCAGAUGGUAUAGCAUUUGUUCGUAUUAUUUGGAUAGAUACAUCGGCUCAACACAGAUGUCGUGUAAUACCAGUAAGGCGAUUCUAUGAAGUUGUUAAGAACUCAGGAGUAGGGUUGACUAUGGCAUCAAUGGGAAUGACUUCAUUUUGCGAUGGUCCAGCAGAUGGAACCAACCUAACAGCCGUUGGAGAGAUCCGACUCUUACCAGAUUUAACAACAAAAUACAGGAUUCCUUGGGCAAGCCAAGAAGAAAUGGUACUGGCUGACAUGCAAAUAAGGCCUGGUGAAGCUUGGGAAUAUUGUCCAAGAAACUGCUUGCGGAGAAUGUCAAAAAUCUUGAAAGAUGAAUUUAACCUGGAAAUGAAUGCAGGAUUUGAAAAUGAGUUUUAUCUUCUCAAAAAUGUCAUAAGAGAUGGGAAAGAACAAUUGGUUCCAUUUGACAAGACGCGGUACUGUUCUACUUCAGCAUUUGAUGCUGCAUCUCCUAUUUUACAAGAAGUUAACUCUGCUCUUCAAUCCAUGGAUAUUUCAGUUGAGCAGCUUCAUGCAGAAGCUGGACAAGGUCAAUUUGAACUAUCACUGGGGCAUAAAGAAUCUGGUCUUGCAGCUGAUAACUUGAUUUAUGUUCGUGAAGUUAUUAGGUCCAUCGCAACAAAGCAUGGAUUAUUGGCUACCUUUCUUCCAAAGUAUCGCUUAGAUGACAUUGGCUCUGGAUCUCAUGUACAUUUAAGUUUGUGGGAGAGUGGAAAGAAUGUCUUUAUCGGAUCCGAGGCAUCAAAAACUCGACAUGGAAUGUCAGAACUUGGUGAAAAAUUUAUGGCUGGAGUUUAUUAUCAUCUUCCUUCAAUCUUGGCAUUUAUUGCUCCACUUCCCAACAGUUAUGAACGGAUUCAACCAAAUACUUGGAGUGGGGCUUACCAUUGUUGGGGAAAAGAGAAUAGAGAAGCUCCAAUGAGGACUGCAUGCCCACCUGGAGUAUCUAGAGACCUUGUAAGCAACUUUGAAAUUAAGUCCUUUGAUGGGUGUGCAAACCCAUACUUGGGCCUAGCUUCAAUAAUUGCUGCAGGAAUUGAUGGCCUUCGAAGAAAUCUUAGCUUGCCUGAACCCAUUGAAACAAAUCCUUCUGGUCAUGAUUCAGAUGUUGGAAGGUUGCCAAAAGAAUUGCGUGAAUCUAUAGGGGCACUUUCUCAAGACACUGUUUUGAUCAAAUUCCUUGGAGAAGAACUUGUGACUGCUGUUAUUGGUGUUCGCCAGGCGGAGGAUUAUUAUUAUAGGAAAAAUAAGGAUGCAGUCAAGGAACUUAUUUAUCAGUAUUGAUUCAGCUGAUGAUGCCUGGUGUGUAUCUUUUCUCGUGGCACUUGUGACUUCAAUUCUUGAUUCAGAUGUUUUCAUAUGUGAUUUCAAUUCUUGAUUCAAGAGAAGUUGUAUCAAAUGACAAAUUGUCUCGAAACAUUUUAACAAGAGAUAUCAAUUUCUGUAUCUCAUGGACAGAAAUGAAGAAUUUGAUCCUGCUUU